AUGGCGCCUACCAAGGAAGCUCGUGUCGACGAGAGCAGCGCAACCCCUAACAUGAACGACCCCAACCUCUCCGCCGACGAGAUCCAACUUCGCGCCCAAGGUCACUCCGGCGAGCUUAUCCGCCAAUUCUCCCCGCUCGCGACCCUAGCCCUCGCCUUCAGCAUCACAAACUCGUGGGUCGGCUAUGCCGCAACCUUCGUCACUCCGCUCUUCGCUGGCGGUGGCCCAGCUAUCUUUUGGGCUCCGAUCAUCGCAUGCAUCGCGUGCUUGCUCAUCACGCUGGGUUUGGCGGAACUAGCGUCCGCUUUCCCGAGUAGCGGAGGGCAGUACCAUUUCGCGUUCAUGGUGAGCCCGCCAAAAUACCGGGCUGCGAUCGCAUUUGUGACGGGCUGGCUGAGUGCUUUUGCGUGGUUGUUCACGACGGCGAGCGCGAAUUUGUUCUGUGCCAGUCUGUGUAUCAACUUAGCGACGCUGAGGAACCCGGAGUAUGUGCCGACGCAGUGGCAGACUUGGUUGAUCUAUACCGCGUUCAUAAUCAUCUGCUCGCUAAUCGUGGUCUACCUCCCACGCGCGAUCCCCCGUCUCGAGACCUUCUUCUUCUGGACUUCUCUCCUGGGCUUUUUAGUCAACACGAUCGUCCUUCUCGCCGUUAGUCCGACAAAGCAACCUGCCACCACUGUCUUCAAAACCUGGUCGAACGCCACGGGCUGGGACGACGGCGUCGCUAUGCUUCUCGCUAUCGGGCAAUCCAUGUAUGGCUUUCUUUGCACGGACUCAGCAACUCACAUCGCAGAGGAGGUCGAGCGGCCGUCGAGAGCGGUGCCGAGAGCCAUGUGGUUAACGAUCGCGGUCGGAAUUGUGACUACCAUCCCGUUCACGCUCGCGAUCUUGUUCAGCACGCAGGAUUUUGAGACACUCAGCUUGUCACCAUUGCCGAUCAUGGAGCUGUAUGUUCAGGCGUUCUCGGGAAAUAGCUCUGCGGCGCUGUUCUUCACCUUCUGGAUCCUGUUCAUCUAUUUCGGGGCUACAAUCGGGUUGGUGCUUACCUCGAGUCGCUUGUUGUGGGCGUUUGCCAGGGACAAUGGAUUGCCUUACUCGGGCGUGUUCGCUAAGGUGCACCCGGCGAGGAAGGUCCCGCAGAACGCUACAAUUUUGACAGCGGUGUUCUGCAUUUUGUACGGGCUGAUAUACAUCGGCAGCACGACCGCAUUCAACAGCUUCGUGGCGACUGCGAUCCUGAGUUUGAAUAUCACGUACACGAUCCCGCAGUUCAUCGUGUUGGUCAGGGGCAGAGAUAAAGUCUUGCCGAAACGAGAGUUUGAUUUGGGGAAAGGACUCGGCAUGUUCUGCAAUGUGUUUUCGACGGCCUGGGUGGCGCUAUAUAGUGUACUGUUCUGCUUUCCGGUGUUCUUGCCCGUGACGGAGGUCACGAUGAACUAUGUCAGUGUGGUGAUGGCGGGGACAGGGCUGUUUAUUGUGCUGUUGUGGUGGGUGCCGGGGGGAAAAAGGGGGAGGUUUGUCGGGCCGAGGGUCGGGGAGGUGGUGGACUUGGCGGGAUUGGGAAGGGCUAAUGCUGGGGAGGUGGAUGGGGAGGGCGGUGUUGGUGGAGGCGAGAAGGUGACAUCGUAA